GCGAUAGAGUAUCUCUAUAUUUAUUCGUUUUUUUCUUACUGUUGAUCUGAUAAUAUGGGUAUAUAUAAUUGAUAUUUUACCAGUAAUAUAUCAAAAAUAAAAUAAAGUUGUGGGCCUGAGAGUAUCUUAUUAGUAUAUAUAAACACACGCGCGUUCUCGUCUUCUCCGUCACAUAUUGAUUUUGUUUUUCCCUGCUUAUCUGAAUCUAAUCAUCAUGGGUUUGAAGGAGGACUUCGAGGAGCACGCUGAGAAAGUCAGGACGCUCACCACGAGCCCAUCUAACGAGGACUUGCUCAUCCUCUACGGUCUCUUCAAGCAAGCCACCGUCGGUCCAGUCAACACCAGCCGUCCUGGAAUGUUCAGCAUGAAGGAAAGAGCCAAGUGGGAUGCUUGGAAGGCCGUUGAAGCGAAAUCGACGGAUGAGGCCAUGAGUGACUACAUCACUAAGGUGAAGCAACUCCUGGAAGCAGAUUCUUCCGCCGCUUCAACUUGAUGAAUAUAAUAUGAUUCACCAAAUGCCCCACUGCAAUAACUCCACCUAAACUCCAAAUAAUUUAGCAUAAGACUUUGUUCUUGUUGCUUCUUCUGUUGCCAUCGUUAUGAAUCUAUUAUUUACUUUUGUGACCUUCGUCUUGAUUUUUAAAAAGAACCCAUGGUUUCGGCUCUCCCUCUUAAUAUUGGUCUAAACGAAGAUUCCUGAUGCCAAAUUAAAAUCAUUAUCUGUGUGUGAUAUUAUCUUAUUGAUUUGAA